AUGGCUGCAGAGGAACAUGGCGAAACCAAGCAAAUUUCUCAAGAAGGUGCGCGUGCUGGUGCAACAGAAGAUGUCCCUAUCGGUGCAGAAAAGUCAAAUGUCCUCUUCCAACCUACGCCAGACAUCAAUUUUGACAAGGUCUUUGAGACACUCGGUAAAGAUACGGUUCAGAUUGCUUGGGUUGUCUUUGCGUCCAUCCUACUUCUCGACGCAUUGUUUAUUGGUGGUGGUAUUCGUGGCCUCUUCAAGAGUCUCUUCCCUGCGUCGGGUAUGGCUGGUAUUGUCUUUUACAUCCUCUCCUCUGUCCGCAAGUCUGCCGCUCAACGCAAAAUGGCACAAUCAAAACCAAAGACUGAAAAAUUGCGCUACGUCCCCGAAAGUGUUGAAUGGAUGAACACCUUGACGCAAACAGUCUGGAAUGUCAUUCAAGAGGAAUUCUUCAAUGACAUGACAACCAUGAUCAAUGACACAAUCAAGCCGUACAUCCCAGACAAUGUCCCUGCUUCCGUCAAGAUUCUCAAACUUGGUCAUGGCAAAAAUGCAGCGCGCGUACUGUCGAUGCGCAGUCUACCAGAUGAAGAAUUUGGUGAAUUGGUUCCGAAGCACGGUGACGACCAUUCUGGUUCAGUGGAAGAGCGUAAACGUCGUGAAGAAGCAGUCAUGCGUGAGGAAGGUGGUAUCUUCUACAACCUGGAAAUUGCAGUGGCCUAUCAUGCAUCACCACAAGAACCACGCACCAACCACAUGCACGUCGAUAUUCUCACCAUGAUUGGACCACUGCCCAUUCCCAUCUUUGUGGAAGUCAAAGAAUUUGUCGCCACUAUUCGGCUUCGUUUGCAAAUGCACCCGGAUUUGCCAUUUUUGAAGAAUGCAACCUUUGCAAUGGUUGAACCUCCCAAGAUCAAUUCUGCUGUGUGUCUCGGUGCCCCUUGGACAUUGGAUCUACUCAACUUGCCCAUCAUUGAUACAUUCCUCGAAUCGCAGAUCAAUACACUUGCAAAGGACUUUGUCCAGCCAAAGAGUAUGAGUGUGGAUAUGACCUUGUUUCUGGGUGGUUCAGACUUGAAGCUCGAUACGCAAACAAUCGGUGUUCUCUGCGUCAAGAUUCAUCGUGCCACGAAUCUCGCUCGACAAGAUACGCGAGGUGCUGGUGCAGACCCAUACCUGACAAUUGCCUUUUCAAAGUAUGAGAAACCCAUGUAUGCCACACGCAUCAUCAAGGGAGAUUUGAAUCCUGUGUGGGAGGAAUCUGCCAUCAUCCUCAUCAAGCCCGAACACGUCAAGCGUCAAGAAAAUGUUUUACUAAGAUUAUGGGAUUCAGACACGAUGGGUUCAGAUGACAUUUGUGGUGCUUGUGAGUUUCCUUUGCAAGACUUGAUGUUGAAAUCUAGCAAGAUGGUCAAGCGCAAGGAUAACUUACAAGGUGAUGUAGCAGGGACAGAUGCUCAAGGUAUUUUGGAGUGGGAAGUGGGUUACUUCCCAAGAGCAGAGUACCGCAAGGAAUUACGCACCGAUGCACAAGAUCCACGAGAUGCGCAUGGCGAUAAGGUGGAAGUCAAAGAGGCUGAUAAGAAGCAAGAUGCACAAAACACCGUGCCAGACCCGGAACUCCCCUCGGGUAUUCUUGAACUGACCAUUCACCAAUGCAUCAAUGUUCAAGUUGAAAAUCCAAACAAAAAGUCAAUGGGCAAAGUGGCUGCGAUGCAUCAAGAUUCAGACGGUGAAGAUGACGAUGAACGUGAUGGAAUGACGGAUGUUGGGUAUAUUCCGACAUUAUACGUUACCGCCGAUAUCAAUGAUCGACUCACCUACCGCACCCGUGUCAAGUCUCUCAACAAUGCGCCAACAUUCAAUUCAACCACAGAGCAAUAUAUUCGAGAUUGGCGUGUCGCAACGUUGACGGUGGGUGUUUGGGAUACGCGCAAGAAGUCAGAUGAUUGUCUCGUUGGUCUCGUCUCGCUCAAAGUUUCUGACAUUUUCCAUGAAGCAUCCUCCAGCGUCAAAUUCUAUGAUCUAGUGGGCGGUGCUGGUACUGGACGUAUUCGGCUGAGUAUGAUUUUCCGUUCAAUGAAUAUGAAGCUCGACAAGAGCCUACUUGGCUUUGAAGUGGGUACUUUCACCUUCACCUCGCCACUCACAGUCACUGGUCAAGUCCACCACCAUGCACUGACAUUGAAAGGUUCAGGCUCAAGCAGGCGUGUCAAAUCGGUGAAGAAGGGAGAAGGAGAUAUCGACCGCAUCUGGACACUUGACAAGGAUAAACUCAUCAACAGGCUGCCAAUCCAGUAUCGCUACCACUCUCCCGUCGUUCUUGAGUUUGCAUCAGCUGGUAUCUCUGAUGCUCUGAAAGGUCCCCUUGGCCGUCAAAAGCACUACGCUGUGCUCUGGCUUUUCAAGCUCAUUGACAAUCAGUCAACCAAGUUUACCCUGCCAAUCUACAAGACGGACAACCCUGCACGGUUCACGCAAAAUGUGGUCACUCAACCAGAUGAAACCAUGUCGCUUGAAAAAGUGGGUGAAGUCUCCUUCGUUGGUCGCUUCACCGCCGGUCUAGAUGAAUCGUUUGAGGAAUUUGUCGAGGGUCACGAUGCCUGGACCACAUACACGACUUGGUCAGCAGCUCGAAAAGCAGGUGAGUCAGCGUCACGGUCCCUCAAUAUCAAGCAAUGA